UGAAAAAAAUUAUGAAUAAUGCAAAUUUUAAUAAACGUAAUUCAUAAUUACUGGCACUGACCACAUAGCACAAAAUAAUAAAAAAUAAAUUGUAUAAAAAACUGUCGGUUGGGAUUUUCCUCCAUAUUAUGUAAAUAAAAUGUCUACAACUAAAAUUAACAAAGCCCCUUUUGAUUCAAGUGUGAAACGUUUCGGAAAAAUUACUGUGCAUCCUGGUUUAGACCCAAGCGGACUUUAUACAACAAGACCAAACGGCUGUGAUCCGUGCCUUUAUAACCCAAAACCUAUUAGUAAAAUUUUUCCUAUUAAAAGAAAUCGAAUUUCCAGCAAAGAUCCAUGGAGAUACAAAGCAGAAUUAGAAGAUUGGGCAAGAAAUCUCGGAUACCGGAAUCAGAAAGUUUUACAACAAAGAAAAUGGUUCGGUACUAUUCUUGGCCCUGCUUGGCACGAAGUUUCAUAUGGAAAAAAAUAUGAAGCUGCUUGCAAAAAUCUCAGUUUUGGGAGAACCCCACGCCAUAAAAUAACAAAGAAUGAUAUUCCUGGACCCGGUACGUAUUACAAAACUGUUCCUUUUAAAGCCCCUUAUGGUUCACAUUCUGUAAGACCUAGUUUUGAAAGAGAAGAACCUUGCAGAUUUAAAGAUACCUCACCGAAAUGGUCAUUGGCACCUGACCGUUAUAGAGUGAUCGAUAAAGAAUGUAUCGAAAUGAAGUCAAAGAAAGUUGUGUCUUUACGUGGACCAUACGAUCUUUUUACGGGAAAACGAGACGAAAGUACAAUAAAAAAUCAUUUUGCUAAUUCGUUGAGAAGCUUUGCAACUACCUGGCCCCUGGCCCUCGGAACGACCUUAAUUAAGUACAAAAGAUCUCACUUUGGAACGAUGAAUAAAACGAAUCGAAGUCUUCCACACAGAGGACGCAAUACUUUAGUAGAUAUAUCAAUGUGUAUUCGAAAAGCUGAAGAUCCUGGGCCAGCGCAUUAUAACAUCAACAAAGUUAAACAGUUUAAACAAAAUAAACGUGGUUUUAACAGUAGCUAUGACAAACCGCCCGGAUACAAACGCGUUGUAGUGUGGCCGGGAGUCGGAAGGUACACCAUAAAAAAUAUAGAUUGCGGCAUUGUCGGCAAAGGUCAUCCGCACGUAUUUCUUAGCAAACAGGAACGAACUAUUGGCGCAAUUUUACCACAACCGAUGAACUCUUUUUAAUAAAAAAACUAUAUUCACAAGAAAACUGCGUUAUAAUUGUAUCACCCAGUGAAA